AUGGUCUCAAAUCUCAUGGUCCUUUGUCUGGAGCGGAUUAUAUAUAUCAUCAUCGCUUUAAUUAUUCUUAACUAUUCUACCUACAGAUUGUUUAUUUCUUCAAGAAACUCAGGUUACCUGAAUUUAUUACAUUUGAGGAAUGUUACCAUCAUUCAAAAUUUUACAUUAAUGCAGGACGCAGCUGAACUACAAUGGAUGGUGCUUCCAUUAUGGAUGAGUUUUGUUCCUUAUUUAAUACUACACUCACUUGUUUCAUCCAUUCUGUUUACCUUGGUGAAUCGAAAGGUGCACAAAUGCUUUCGUAUACUGUUAUCUGUUUACCUAAUCAUUUAUCUAGUUGGUGUUAAUGUUGUGAUUGAUAUUCUGUUCAAUUUAAUGUCCUUUUUAUGCAUAUACUAUUUAGUUUCUGGAAAUUGUACUCUUAUUUGGAUUUUCACAGUUUUAAUAUUUCAACUAUCUGAAUACUUUAUUAGUUCAUCAAACUUUAAGGUUUCAUUGUUAAAUCUUCGUAUGGUGUCACAAGAAUGGUUUAUUAUUUUGUAUGCUGCCCACUUUUACAUAAUACUACGCGGUUUAAGUGUGGCCUUAUCACUUCAUAAACUAUCAAAGAAUUUCAAAUUAUCUUGUAAACCUGAUAAAACAGUGGAAUCGACGAUAAAAUACUGUCCUAAAUUUUCAUUAAAUAUUUUAUUGGAUACAUUAGACUAUUCGUUUUAUCCACAUACAUUAUUUUUAGGUCCUUUAAUCUUGUAUUCAGAUUGGAAUAAAUUUUGGAUAAAUUGUGAUUACCAGUCAACAAGUCUGAAAACACUUUUUUCGACAGCCUUAUCACUUAUAUUCAAAACUAUUCGACUAUUAUUUUGGAGUUCAUUUUGGUCGUUAUGUUUAUGCUUUGUUUAUCCUAAUUCAUUUGGUUAUUUAUUUUCUGAUGUACAACUUUAUAAUUUAUCCAGUAAAUCAACUGAAUACUCUCAUGUUAUCGAUCGUGGUACAAUAGGUGGAACUAUUUAUCUAUGUGGUUUACAUUUAUUUCUUACAUAUUUACAAUUUUAUGGAUGGCCUUAUUUACUUGUAAACUUAGAAUGGUUUCUUAUAAAUGUUUUACACAAGUUUGUAUCAAGUAUUACUAGAUUGUAUGUGAAAAAUGAAAAUCAUACUGGAAAGUUUUGCAGUGAUUCAUGUCAACUUCAGGUUUCAUUUAUACCUGAUCCACCAACAUGUCUUCUACACUUUCUUCUCAUUUCAGAGUGUUGGAGAUCAUUCGAUCGUGGAUUAUAUAAUUUUAUUAAAUCUUACAUUUUUAUCCCUGUGAAGAGAUUCGAAUUCCCUUCAGCUUAUCAAUAUUCAAAUUUCGUAAAUUCCUACCCUGCUGCUAAAACUGUACUGGCACUUACCCUGUCUUAUUCAUUUGUUCUGUUAUAUCACGGAAUUGAUAAAACAAACAUAAUCUGGUUGUCGUCUAAUUUACUACUUUUAUUUUCUGAACGUCUAGUCAAGUGGAUUUACCAGUCUACUAAAUUUGGUUUGGAAUUACGUUGUCAGCUUUCUGUUGAAUGGAUCCGUCGUUUGUCAUUGUUACUUUGUGCAAUCAGUGGAAUUUUCUCAGUCCUAGGGAACUUAUACUUUCUUCUUGGAUUUAAAGCAGCUCAUCAGUUAUCAGUGUGGUUAGCAAAUGAUCCAACUUUGCGCCUUACUCUAUUUAUAUUCGCUUAUUGUCAAUUAAAUUUAGUCACAGAUUUGAGGAAUAUAUUCCCAACACUCAGACCAGUUCGGUUAGAUUCACACAAAUGCAGUUAUAUCAACAAUACUCAAGGAAUUUAUUUCAGCUUUUGUAGAAGUGAAGUAUUAUUAGAGAUUUGGAAGAGUUUCCCUUCAUUAUUCCCUGGAACGUAG